AUGAUCACCCUCUGUCUCGACAUCUCUUUCGGUCAUAUCUCCGAGGAGAACGAGAAGGCAGAGAAGACAAAGGCCGACAGAGAGGCAACACUAGAUCUGCCGGAGACUGGCCUCCAGUACUUGAUCUUGACUCCUGAUACUCAAGACCACAAGAGCGCUGGAACUAAAGAGUAUGAGAGUGGCCUCAAGAGUUUCGCGAUGGCCAGUUCUUUCGCUCCUGCAAAAACCGAACAGGAAGACGGAGACGACGAGGUGCGACCUGAUCGUAUGGGUAGUCGUCCUAGGGGUCGCAGGAUCCGGCUCCAAGAUGUACAUGUCGACGGUGACGAGGUCGGUGUCUUGGCCUCUGGAGCGUAUCAAAGCCUUUACGACGAUGAAAUCGACAUGAGCCGAGGAAGUACAACAGUUGCUCAUUCUAAUGGUCCGCGAGUACAAGAAAAGGCGGAUUUCUCGUCAGGACAGGAUGUCCUAUCGGGUCGCGAUGGUAGCGACAUAGGAAGAGGACGAGAGGAGUCAAUGGAGGGGUACCACAUCUCGGGAUCGGAUUCGAUGAUGAUGGCCGGAGCCAUGGCUGAUGAUGCACCUCCGUGUCACUUGGGCGUCCUUGAGUUGGAUAGCAUUAGCGAGAAAGGAGAGACGAUGGAUGGAGACGAGUCGAUGGAUGUGACGGAUAUUGCUGCCAGGAUACCCCUGGCCCAAGAAAGAGGAUCCUCUCGGACUAACAAGAUUCGUCGCUCCUUCUCCGAGUCCGCUGUCGAAGUUCCUAAUCCGUUUCUCGUCCCUACUCGGGUAGCUUCUUCGACAUCGACACUCGCUAACAACAGACAGUUGCAUAGGAACAGCGAUGUCACGCAUACUCGUGCUACGAUUGACCCGCUCACAUCUCAAUCGGCACCUCUUCCUCUGACUCCCACCAUUCACCCGAUCUCUUGCGAAUGUGGACGCGUCAUCGACCUUCCUCCUUCCCUUGUCACCCCAGCAGCAGCAGCUCACUUUCAGGACCCGCGCCAAAGACAGUUCAAUUGCGAUGAACCCAUGAGCCCGUCACAGACACCAGCCCGUCCUCUUUCAAUGGCUUCAUCUUAUUUUGUCCCCCUGUCGUCGUUCUUGCCGUCGUCCUAUCAAGUCUCAUUCACCUCCUGGCGCAACUCGAUCAUCGCGCCAUCCUACGUGUCUCUUCUCUCCAGUCAUAUCCACAUCGGCAUCGAUGACGACGACGAAAAUGAGGAAGUGGUUGGCAUCCGCCAUAGUCCUGCAGCAGGAGAGGAGGCCACCCCAAAUCAUCUAUCAAAGGACAAACGCUUCCUUGAAUUUGGCCAUCACAGUAACCACUGCCACGCCGGGAUCCACGGAGUAACAGCUACAGCAAAGCGAUUGGCGGGGCUGGUUAUGUCGACCAGUCAAGCGACAUUGGGCUAUGUCAAAGACACGGUAGCCCCACAAGCCAUCCAUCUCGCUCACAGAAGUGCAUCCUCAACCAUCGGAUUUCUGACAUCCCACAUCCCCGGUCCUUCAACUGUGCCGUCAAUGCUACCUCGAUUACUUGGAGACGUAAUUACCGGUCGUCAGGGAGCCAACAACGAUCAUAGCGAUGGAACCAAAUCUCCAGGAGGAGGUGGAACAUCAGAGGGACGACGAUCGCGCUCAACCAUGGACGGUCGAGGACUGAGCGACCGCAUAAGUCGUUCUGCAUCCGAACUUGUUAACACAAGGACAGGAGAGCCGUCUCUCCCAGAAGCAGUUUACCACCGCACGCGUCGCUCAACCGACCCAUCGAUAUCCAAGACCAAAACCUCAACAACGACACCAAUUACUACCUCAACAGCCAUGACGACCACCAAUCAACCCAGAAGAGCCCGUCGAACCACCGUACAAACCAUCCCCGGUCCCGAAGGGCUGGACCCAGAGACACGUCGACGACUCGAGGCUCAAGGAUUUGCCGCCCUCGGUCUCCGGGACGAGUCUGCAGGUCAAGGUUGGCGUAACUGGUGGGACCCUCGACGCUACGGUCUACCAAAGUACAUCAUUUGCCACCAAAUUCGAACCCCUCGACCAUGCACCACUAUCCUGUUCCUGAUCAUGAUUUUUUGCAUCAUCCUACCAAUUGUGUUCCAUCGCAAGUAG